AAGUGUCAAAUUAAUUUUUGUUUUGAAACCGCGACGAGUGAGCUUCCUCCGCGUACAGCUAGACAUUUUCGGACCAUUUUUGUCAGUAUUUAUUGAUCAAAUUCCGGAUUUUUGCGGUAAUUUUCGUACCACACAGUACAGUGAACCAUGGCCAAUUACAAUCCAGUUGAUCUCGUGGAAGAGGACGCCGCUGAUCUGCAAUUUCCCAAAGAAUUCGAAAACGCCGAAACCCUUCUUAUCAGCGAGGUUCACAUGCUGCUGGAGCACCGCAAGAACCAGAACGAAUCCUCCGAGGAGGAGCAGGAGUUUUCCGAAGUGUUCCUCAAAACCUACAACUACACCGGCAUGUUCCGCAAGUUCAAGAACAAGGAAACCAUCGCCAGCGUCCGGAGCUUACUGAUGUCCAAAAAGCUGCACAAAUUCGAACUGGCUGCGUUGGGGAACCUCUGCCCGGAGGUACCCGAAGAGGCCAAGGCUCUCAUCCCGUCGCUGGAGGGACGCUUCGAGGACGAAGAGCUGAGGCAAAUUCUGGACGACAUCGGUACAAAGCGAAGCUUGCAGUACUAGAAGGGGUGUUUCUCAUAUUUAUAUUCCUUAGGUAAAUAAGCUAAAUGAGGUAUGUAAUUGCAUUUCUUAGCGAUUCCAUUGAAUUGUGUGCUUAGCAGCGUAUAAACUUGGUAAAAACAUAA